AUGAGUUUCAUUAACGAAGAAGAUGAUGAGUUUGAUCGAUUACCUGAUGCGAUUCUUCGUCUGAUUUUCAACAAAUUACACGAAGUUGAUCCCGAAUCUCUCAGCAGAUGCAAUUUGGUCUGCAAGCGAUUUGCUUCUCUAAUUCCUCAAGUCGACAAUGUUUACCUCACAGUUCCUCGCAAAAGCCUCUGCGGAUCCUACGAUCAGAUUUCGAAAUCCAGCUGUAUCGAUUGCAGCCACAGAUCUAAAAGCCUUUUCAAGUCUCUGAUUCGUAAACUCAUCACGACGCCAUUUCGAUGUCUUCGCCGUAUCAUCACUUUGAAAUCUUCGUCGUCGUCUCGGUUUGAUUGUUCUUACCAUUCGCCAAAUGAAAUCCUGAAGAAUUUCAAGGAAAUUCAAUCCCUGCAAAUUGAGCUUCCAGGAUAUGGCGGCGAAAUCGAAUCAAUCAACGACGGUGAUUCGUUGUUGAGAUGGAGAGCCGAGUUUGGGAGCCAUCUCGAGAGCUGUGUGAUACUCGGAUCCAAAUCUUUCGAUACACCAAAUCACAAACAACAACAAGAAGAAGAAGAUGAAGAAGAAGAAGAAGCCGAGCUCACAGACGAUGAGCUGAAAUUGCGAGUAGUCUGGACGAUCUCGUGCUUGAUUGCUGCGUCGGCCAGGCAUUACUUGAUGCAGCAAGUUGUUUCAACGCAUCAAAUGCUUCAAAAUGUGGUGGUUACGGAUAGGAGUAAACAGGGGAGGCUGAAUAUGAAGAGAGAGCAGAUUGAAGAAUUGAGGAGUAAAGUGAAUUCAUCGGCUGAAUUGGAGUUGUCGCCGAUGUUGGAGAGGACACCGUUGCCGGCACUGAAGAUGAAAUUAUGGUACGUGCCUGUGAUUGAGUUGCCGGCGUCGGGGUGCGUGAUGAGAGGGGCGACGCUGCUAGUGAUUAGGCCUGUGGACGGGGAGAAGAAGGCGGAGGAGAGCGAUGGUGAUUUGGUGGAGAGGGUUUGGAAUGGGGAAGGAGGAGGAGAAGAAGAGGGGUUUAGUGAAGCUGUGUGGGAGAUGAUGAAGAAGAAAAAGAGUUAUACUCUGGAAAUGAAUUCAUUUUGA